AUGCCGACGCCACAGAAACGCGCGCAGCGCGCUCGCCGCGACCUGCGCAACGAUGCUAUCGCCGACUCCUCGUCGCCCUCACGCCCUUCCAAGCGCCGGAGGAAGAAUGACGAGCCCACCUCCGAGCCUGCAGAGACGACGGACCCGAUUGAUGAAGGCGACUCGUCGCAUGUCGCUGACCAGUCCCUGGUUGAGGAUGAUGACCAGCUGGUUACUCGAGUCACUCAGCACUUGAUGGCCCCUGCUGGCCCUGUCCAAGCGAGCAAGGAUCAUUCUAAUAGCAUCCACGAGGCCAACAAGGAGGGGGUCAAGGCAUAUGCGAAGAUUGCUGCUUUGGACUGGACCUACUACAUCACCAAGCUUCAGGUCAACAUCGGCCGGUCAUCCGACCCCUCGCAGCACCGAGAGAAUGCGCAGGACGAUCCCGAUGCCGUACACAUCGACUUGGGACCGAGCAAGUUGAUCUCCCGCCUGCAUGCUGUCAUCUACUUCAAUAGGGAUCAGGAGAAGUGGUGGCUGCUGGUCAAGGGUCGCAACUCGCUCAAGGUGGAUGGCGCUCUCUGGAAGGUCGGCCAGUCUGGGCCCUUAAGGAGCGGCGAGGUUAUCGAGAUUGGCGGCAUCGAAAUGAUGUUUGUUCUCCCCAUCGAGCUGAGCCCGCUUCAGAUUGCCCCCCAGUAUCUCGAGCGCGCCGGCAUCAUCAAGCCCGACCCGGCAGCCCCUACCCGUGCAGGCCGUCAUCCGCUCCCAUCCGGUGAUACCGCAUGCUCGAGUUCUCCGAGCAAGUCAACCCGUGGCCAGUCUUCGCAAAAACCCCUAGCUCCAGCGCCGCCUGACUACAAGCGGCCCGGCACUCCUCCAUCGGCCCGGGGUCGCGGCGCCAGCACCAAGACCCCCCAUGAACAAGGCAGCAGCAACCCCGUGAUGAUGGCCCAUGGCGAUGUGGAUCUGAGUCUUGAUGAAAAUCGUCACAUCAAGCCGCAGUACAGCUACGCCCAGAUGAUCACCCAAGCCAUCUUGAAUACCCCCGACCAAAAGCUCAAUCUGGCCGGCAUCUACCAGUACAUUCAGCAGAAGUAUGCCUAUUACAGACAUCAGCCGGCAACGGGCUGGCAGAAUUCUAUUAGGCAUAACCUGUCCCUUAACAAGGCCUUCGAGAAGAUUGCUCGGUCGACCGAUGAACCCGGCAAGGGUAUGAAGUGGCAGCUCGUCCCUGAAACGCGCGAUGAGAUGGUCCGUAGCGCUUGGCGAGGAGGCCGUGGCGGCCAUCGCGGUUCUUCCAACCCUUCGUCUCCCAACCAGCUCAGCUAUAUCACUUCCGGACCCAAGGAUAUGGCGGCGCGGGAUCCAGUUUCGGCGCGCAAGCGUAAGGUCUCGCCAUCAGGCUCGCCCCAGCCCCGCUCUUCCCUCCGAGAGUCCUCAACCAUUACACCGGUACGGCCUACCCGCAAGCCCCUCCCCGAUGAAGCCGGUGGCCAAGCAGAUAGUCCUCUGAACCCCCGUGCAGCCGGACGCAAGUCUACCUUAACCGCCAGCAACACCAUCAACAACAAUAUCACAAACCCUGCCGCGUCUGCCACCCUGGGUAUGGUCGAGAACGCCAAUGUGACAGCCACCCCGGCCUCGCCGACUUUGACCUCGUCCUACCUACAAGACAACGACGGCUCGUCCUUCGUCACACCCGCGCCUCACCGCGUCCAUCCCAAGCUGGCCCCUCCCAGCACAGCCCAGCGCCCCUCCCAGCACAUGCCUACCAGCUCUCCCGCUCCCUUCUGGAAGUAUGCUGACAUCGGGAGCACCCCGCUCAAGCCUACGCAGGCUAUGACUCCGUUCGAAAGCCCGUCAAAGAUCAUUGCGGGGAAUAAUGCUGCCAGUGGCGGCGGAGGUGCUUCUAAGGUUGGCGGUGGUGAGAGCGGUACUGUGGUGCUCCCUCCGCCAAGUAGUAGCCCGCCUCCGGCUGCUGUGGGUAGCCCGACUCGUGUAGCUUCGGGAACUUGCCGAGCGGCGCCUGCUGCUACUGUGGAGGAUCCCACGAGCCCGCCUGUGUCGGCUCUUAGUGCGGCGACGGCGUUAGUUGGGGAUGAGGAGGAGCAAGGGUUUGAUUUGACGAAGGGCUUCCAAAGCAUCGGCAGCUACCACGCGCCCGUCGGCCACGGCAAACAGGUCCAGCCUGCCACUGCCACAGCGCCUGCCCCUGGAGCGGCCACCUCUAACGGCGAUGUACCCACUGCAGCUGCUGCCAGCAGCGGGAAUGCUUGA